AUGGACACAACACUGUUAAAAUUUUGUGAAAAAAUGUCCAAAGCAUUUGGGAUAUCUGGUAAAUCGGAGUCUCCCCUACGCAGUGGAAGCCGGAAGCGUACAGCCACGCGUAACAUUGAGCAGCAGUUGGUAGAGAUCGCUGGACAACUGCGGACCUUGUUGCGGGAGGAUGUUCCAAGGAACCGAGAUAACCCGUACCCAACCGGAGGAAACGACUACGGAAGACCACUCGUCAAUCCCAUACCUCGGAAUCCUGUUCUUGAUGAUGAUAGCGACGACGAACUAGAGCUCGGCGCCGCUCUAGUUCUUCCCGGCGAUGACAGAAACGGUAGGAAUUGGCGCAACCCCAGCAAUUUUAAUCCUCGUCGGAAUCAUGAUGAGUUUAAACUCAAAGUAGAUAUUCCUACUUUUAGUGGGGAUCUGGAUAUCGAGGGCCUUCUAGAUUGGAUCACCGAAGUCGAUCGUUUCUUCGAGUACAUGGAGAUCCCGAAAGAAAGAAGGGUGAAAUUAGUAGCUUUUCGAUUGAAGGGAGGAGCAUCUGUCUGGUGGGAACGAAUGAGGGAGGCUCGGAUCAGAGAAGGAAGAGGUCCAGUUCGAACAUGGAGGCGCAUGAAGCAGCUAAUAAGAGGUAGAUUUUUACCCCCUGAUUAUGAGCAGUAUAUGUUUGAAUCAUAUCAACGAUGUGCACAGGGAACAAGAAGCGUAAAUGAAUACACAUCAGAAUUUCAGAGAUUGGCAGAACGAAAUCAGCUAUCUGAAAGUGAUAACCAGCAGGCAACCCAUUAUCUGAGUGGUUUGAGACCUGCUAUCAAAGACAAGAUUGGUGUUCAGAUGAUUCUCAGUGUGCAGGAAGCAAGGAACUUAGCUCUGAAAGCUAAAUUAAUGUUCCAAGAAAGGACCCAGGCCGAAAGCUAUCGACGAUACAAUGGGAGCGACAAUAGACCGACAACAGUCGACAAGAGCAAACCAGCCGCGGGAGUACAACCCUCCCACCCACCGAAUACAGCUAACGCCAUUGGGCAUAGGUCUAGUGACUGUCCCAGAAGGAAGGCAGUUACCAUUGUAGAGAAGGAGGAGGAAGAAGAUGUUGACGAUGAAGUAUAUUGUGAACCUGAUGGAGAGGAUGAAGAAGGUCCCUAUGAACAUGAAGAAUACACAUGUGUUGUGAGGAAACUAAUUCAGGAAAAUAUUAUUUGUAGGGAUGUGGUACAGAAAUUACAACUACCUCCUGAGAAGCACCCGAACCCAUAUACAAUUGGGUGGAUCAAGGAAGUCGACGGCGUACGGGUGGAGGAACGCUGCAAGGUCCCAUUCUCCAUUGGUAAGUACACUGUCGAGGUAUAUUGUGAUAUUGUGGAUAUGGAUGCUUGCCAUAUUUUGCUGGGUAGGCCUUGGCAGUUUGAUAAAGAUGCAAAACACUUGGGUAGGAAGAAUACCUACUUGCUCAAAAAAGAGGGUGUACACUACACCUUAUUACCCAUGGCAAAAAAGAAUCCACCAAAGGCUCCAAAGGCAGAGAGGAGAAAUUUCCUUACCAUUACACAUCACCAUGCUGAAUUUGUAAGGGAAUGUAAGGAUACCCACGAGGUCCACUUGUUGGUAGUGAAGGGAGAAAGCAUGAAUGAGUCACUAGAGGAAAACAAAAUUCCAGUGGAAGUGCAGGGACUACUCGAUGAGUUCCAUGACGUAGUUCCUGAUGAGUUACCUAAUGAGCUCCCACCCAUGCGAGAUAUCCAACAUCAUAUUGAUUUUGUUCCUGGUGCUAGUCUACCUAAUCUACCACACUACAGGAUGAGUCCUAAAGAAAAUGAGAUCUUACGGGAGAAGGUAGAAGAAUUAUUAAGAAAGGGGCAUAUUCAAGUCAGCAUGAGUCCUUGUGCAAUACCAGCAUUAUUAACACCCAAGAAAGAUGGGAGUUGGAGAAUGUGUGUCGACAGCAGGGCCAUUAACAAGAUCACUAUUGGCUACAAGUUUCCCAUCCCAAGGCUGGAUGACAUGCUGGAUCAACAUGAUGGAACCGUAGCCUUUUCCAAAAUCGAUCUCAGGAGUGGUUACCAUCAGAUCAGGAUCCGUCCCGGAGAUGAGUGGAAGACAGCUUUCAAGACUAGAGAUGGGUUGUUCGAAUGCAAAUCUAUCACUGAGCACCUAGGACAUAUCAGAGAGGUCUUGAAUGCAUUAAGAGAAAACAAAUUAUAUGUUAAUUUAAAGAAGUACACUUUUAUGAGCAAUAAUUUGUUGUUCUUAGGGUUCAUUAUAAGUAAGGAUGGAAUUAAGGUGGAUGAGGAGAAGGUGAAAGCCAUUAGGUUGUGGCCAACCCCAUCAAACGUCACGGACGUAAGACGUUUCCAUGGUGGAGUUGGCAUAGGGAUCGUAUUGUCACAAGAAAAGAGACCAAUUGCCUUCUUUAGUGAAAAGUUAUGCGAAGCCAGGAAGAAGUGGUCCACUUAUGACAAAGAAUUCUAUGUUGUUGUUAGAGCACUGAAAACCUGGGAACAUUAUUUAAUUGCUAAAGACUUUGUUCUCUACACUGACCACCAAGCUCUUAAGUAUCUCAGUAAGCAAAAGCAGUUGAGGAGUGACCUGCAUGCAAGAUGGUCUGUUUUUAUUGAUAAAUUCCCAUACAAAAUUGUGUAUAAGGGUGGACAGCAAAACAAAGUGGUCGAUGCUCUAAGUAGGCGCGUAGCCCUCAUCAAGACUCUCAGCAUUGAAAUAGUGGGCUUUGAAUGCUUGAAAGAUCUGUACACCCAGGAUGAUGACUUCAAACAGGUGUGGGAAAAGUACAUAAAUCGACAGCUAGCAGGUGAUUUCUACAUUCAUGAUGGGUUCCUUAUGAAAGUGGAACAAUUGUGCAUCCCUUGCACCUCCCUCCGUGAGAAGAUCAUCAGGGAUCUGCAUGGGGGUGGAUUAGCAGGACACCUCGGAAGAGACAAAAUGAUUGAAGCAGUCAAGGGACGUUACUACUGGCCUAAAUUAAGGAGGGAUGUGACCACUAUUGUGAGUAGAUGCUAUAUUUGUUAG